CAUUAGAGCUAAUUUAGACUUUAUUAUAGGCUACAUAUUGCUUUACAGACUAUGCCAGGGGUUAUUUAGGCCUAUCUGAUGUUUGGUGGCUUCUCUAUGGGCAUCACAAUAAAGGUUUUCGUUUUUAAUUAUGACCUCAAAUAGGAUUCUAAACCAACGUUCUAACGAAGCACAAUCAAUUGGAUAAAAGCACAAAAUAGCAGUUAAAUAAGGAGGUCUAGGAAUGAAGCUAUGUAGGGUCUGAACCUUCAGGAACAUAGCAUACGCCGACCGCCAUUCAAUUAUGAGUUUCCAGACAGAUAAAAUGCCACAACAUGUGUGGAGGGAAGUUGUGCUGAAAAUUGAAAAGGACCAUUGCCACCGGUUGAAGGUAAAUUUCACCUGUAGCACAUGAAAUGAACAUGUUUAAUUAUCUGGUUGCCUACGAAAAUGUUUGAUGGGAAACACAAGUCCUCUGUUUAAACACAAGCCAUGGAAAUUAAUAAGAAGGGGUUGGCCCACUAUUGCUAAAAAUGUGUCAAAAACAAAAAUGGCCUGCCCUCAUACAGACAUUAUUCCCUUUAGUCUCCUGGACAGCUGUCUCCUGAGACACCAGUUGUAACAGUGCUUCCAAUGACUGGUCGAACCAAGAGCCCUGGUAUAGGCAGCCACAGAACAGGGAACACUACCAUAGAAGAAUAUCGUAGAGCACUACAGCCAGACAACUUCAGCAAAGACAACAUUCUCAGCACAGAGAGAAGGAAAAACGCCAAAACAGUCCGAAUAGACAACUGCCAAAGUGAAAGGACAGACAUCAGGACUGGCAUCUCUGUGAGAGACAAUAUUAGCACAGACAAGUUGGGCCACCUAAGCUACAGGGCAGAUGCCCUAAGAGAAGAUACUCACUUUAGAAAUGAUUGUAAGCAGCUCAGAAUGGACCAACUUCGGACAGUCCACCCCAAAGCAGACAGCAUUGGGAUAAAUCUGGGUAGAGACCUCCAUAGGACAGACAUUGGGUCAAAGGACCUGGAGACCAACAUCAUUGGGACAUCACCAUCCCAGUCCAAUGUUUUGCACCCGUGGCAGGUUUGGGACAGAGUUGCCAGAUAUCAGUCGAGGUCCUUGCUCUGUGAGGUUGGCACACAGACAUACCUGACUGCCUUAGCCCAGAGUCCUCACUCCAUCCCAGGCCCUGACACUGAACCUAUCAUGGUGUUUAGGGUCCAGAGGGAAAGUGCGAUGGAAAGGAGCCAGCAGAGCAGCAUUCGGCAGCAGCACCAACCCAUGGCCACCUCACAUCAGGUGGUCCUGCAGAAAGACAUAGGGCCUUACUGCUCCUCCCGUGAUGCUGCCACUCAGACCUAUAUCUGUGCCCUUACCCACACACCUGCACUGAAAACAGGGGAGGCAGUGAAGAGGGCCAGUGUGAUAAAAGCAGUAGGACAGCCCAUUCGACUCCACAGACUGUGUCCUGUAGAGGAAUCCUCUGAGCAUUGCAGGGGCCAGCUGAGGGUGAUUGGGGAUGAGGUGAACAGCAUGUUCUCCAAGGGAAAGGUGGGGUCCACACAUUGGCAGACCUGGAGGGGAGGAAUCAUCACGUGCCUGUUCACUGUCCUCAGUGGCAUUGGAUCUCUCUACCUGCUCCAGUACAGAAACCUUAAGACAUCCUAGAGACCCACUGACCCACGGCGUCACACCGCACUUGACCUUUGACCUUUCUUAAUACAUUUCUAUCCAUUCCUACAGAAUGUCAUAAGGCUUUUAUGAUUUUAUUUAUUUGAUUGUUUAUUGAUUUAGUUGACAUUGCACAAUAUGUCAUAUAGAGUAGAAUAUUUGCAUUUUCUGUUCCUUUACUUGACAAUGUAGGCUGACUAUUUUGAGGGGCUAGUUGACAUUGCUUACUGUGGAAAUGGCUCCACCUAGUGGUGUUGGAUGGUGUCUGAAGCUACUUAUUUAAUAGCGCCAAAAUCAUAUUGCUGUAGAGAAAUGUGUACUGUAUCUCCACUCAGGAUUUUGGUAGCUUUAGACACCAUCAACAUCCACGGGAUUACACAAUUGUUUAACUCUUUUAAUGAUUUAAUAAUUUACUUCAAUCAUACUGUGAUUUCAGUGGAAUAUACAGUCACAUCCCAAAUUAUUUGCACCCUUGAUAAAGAUGAGCAAAAAAGACCGUAUAAAAUAAAUAAUACAAAAACUGAGCUAUAUUGUAUGCAAAAAGAAAAUAAAUGUAUA